CAACAAGCGUUGCAAAAUUGAACGCAAAAUUGAAGUGCUUUUCCCGAUAAUGACACCUUCUACUUCCGACAGCACUUGAAGGCAACAUGCAUCACACUGUAUUUAAACACUAAGUGAGACUCUGAACGCAUCACUCCAUCCGGGUGGAACCAUGUCGCAGGUCUUUUUCUGGGGUGACAGCGCCUGUGGAGAAUUUGGCCCACAGACAUCCUUAAGUCCGGUGUCGUGGACAGUACCCGGUGUCGUGACCAACAUUUGCUGUGGGUACCAACAUGUUUUAUUCCUGCUGGAUGAUGGAGCUGUUUUAUCACAAGGAAGCAACUCCAGGAGACAGCUUGGACGAAAGGCUUUUAAAAAUGUAAAAACAACAGGCCGUGUGGAGGGCCUGGCUGAGGUAGUGCGUGUGGCUUGUGGUCAGGACCACUCUCUGGCCCUGUGUGCUUCUGGAAGAGUCUUCUCCUGGGGGGCAGAAGAAGAUGGACAACUUGGGUUCUUACCCAAUUGCAUGUAUGAUUCUCAGCGAGCAACGCUGGUGCCGAUAGCGAUGCCAACACCUGUGAUUCAGGUUGCUUGUGGAGACUCUCACUCUUUGGCAUUGACCAAAGGAGGCGAUGUCUUCUCCUGGGGCUUGAACAGUCAUGGCCAGCUGGGUGCGGGGAAGGCGGUUUCAAUGCAGUAUGAACCGUUGCUGGUGUGCGCGCUUAAUGGCAUACCAGUAACCCACAUCUCGGCCGGAGCGGCUCACACGCUCUUCCUCACAUUGUCAGGCCUGGUGUACUGCUGUGGGGCCAAUAAACACGGUCAGCUGGGAGUGAACAGGGCUGACGAGAAAGGCAGGUUCAACAUCUGUGUGAUUCCCGCGCUAAGAUGUCUGAGCGUCUCCUUCAUCACUUGUGGAGAGAAUCACUCUGCUGUCCUAACAGAGGAGGGCAAAGUUUAUACAUUUGGAGAGGGAGCUCACGGUCAGCUGGGUCACAGCUCUUCUGCUGAUGAAUGGAUGCCCAAACUUGUGGCCGGGAUCGAUGAAUGUGCCUUACAGGUGGCAUGUGGCAGACGCCACACUCUAGUUUUGGGAUCUUCUGGCCAACUGUGGGCAUUUGGAAAUGGGGUUAAAGGUCAAAUUGGGACUGGGAAACCAGAGGGUAGUCAGAACCCCACACUGGUACAACUUCCAUGGAGCUCUGACAAUGCGACAGCCACACGCAAAGACUUGAAAAUAGCAGCGGGUUGGAACACAAGCUUUGCUUUCACUUCACCGCAGGGUGCGAAGCAACGUCAGAUUACCGGAAGGCUUGAUGAGGCAAAACUGCGAAAAUGGCUGGCAUUAAAAAAGUGCAGGCCCGAGGCUGAGAGAGAAAUCACUGCCAUGUUUUUUUCGAGUUCAAGCCUGGUUGCAAGUUUUACAAAAGCCACUGGGCUUUCACGAGAAGCAGAUGCAUUAAGCGUGGACCUUGAUGCUGCAAGCCAAACUUUCUCUAAGAUGCUGGCAGUACCGUGGAUCCAAAAAAAGGUGGAUUUCAAAGCCGUGAUGGGAAUACUCAUCGUGUCGAGAAAAGUCCUCAAGUCUCCAGAGAUUGUCGUGGUCCUGCUCUCUUGCCCUCUUUUUCAAGAUGUUUCAGAGGUUCUGAGCCUUGUCUUGCCUUUGGCUGUGGUCAUCGACGACAUGAGCGAGAGGUGUCAGACAACACUCAGUGGUUGGUGGGCCUCCCUGUCGCCCACCAUGCUGUUGACACACAUCCUGGUAUUCAAAAAUGCUCUGGCUUUCGUGAUCAAAAAUGGUCUCCUUAAAACACAUUUUCCAGGCAUCAAAGCUGCGUUGGAGGUCAUCAAGCUCCUCUACAAAGCAAACAAAAGAGGGAAGACCUACAAAGUCCCACUGAGCACCUUUUAUGUCGAUGAAAUCACAUUUCCUCUGCUCGUGGAGGAUACCGCUCUUUGGUUCGCAUUUGAUAACGUGGAGGAUGGUUACAACACACCUGUCAUCUUCUGCCGGUACCCCUUCCUGCUCAGUUUGCAUCGCAAGCAGAUGGUCUUUGAAAUCGUUGGCGCGGUCAUGAAAGGUCCUGGUGCGAGAGUGAUUCCUAAAUAUGCGGCUCAGUAUCACAACCCGGCACCAGUCUUCCAGCUUUCUCUGAGACCGAGUCACCUGCUGGAGGACACCUUCAGACAACUCAGCGCAGUGGACCACAGCCUCUUCAGAAGGCAGCUCCAGGUGCAGUUUAUGGAUGACGGGGAGGUGACAAAUGUAAACAUGAGUGACCUCUUCUUCCACAUUUUUGAUGAGCUGAUGGCUCCACAAUCCAACUUGUUCAUAUAUAACGAGAGACGCACGCUGGCUUGGUUCCCCCCCAAGCCCAAGGAAGCAGAGAAGAUGUACUUCCUGUUCGGGGUUCUGUGUGGUCUGGCCUUGUCUAACCAAAACAUGGUCUACCUACCCUUCCCACUCAUUUUCUUCAAGAAGCUGCUUGGUGUCAAGCCGUCGCUGGACGACUUGAAGGAGUUUGAACCCACGGUUGGAGAGAGUUUGCGUUGCAUCCUAGAGGACUACAGCGCUGACGUCCUCAAUGACAUGGCCACCACUUUCACUGUGACUUGGGCAGAUGAUAAGGUUGAGCUUGAUCCAGAAGAGCCUGAGAAACUUGUCACGGGUUCCAACAAGAAAGCGUUUGUGGCGGCCUUUGUCGACUACGUCUUUGACAAAUCAGAGAAGGGCGUGUUUGAGGUGUUCAAGAGAGGCUUCCUGAAGGUGUGCGAUGCUGACGUGGUGGCGUUAUUCCAGCCGGAGGAACUGCAAGCAGCGAUGGUGGGAAAUGAAAACUACGACUGGGAUGUCUUCAAGCAGAACACAGUCUAUGAAGGAGAGUACCACGCGGAACAUCUAAACAUCAUCACCUUCUGGGAGGUGUUUGACCAACUAACAGCGGAAGAAAAGAGGAAAUUCCUUUUGUUCCUCACAGGCUGCGAUCGUGUGCCUGCCGAUGGCAUGGCGAGCAUCCGGAUGAGGGUCGCCGUCUUGCCCAACUCCACGGAUCUCCAUUUCCCAGAAGCCGUCACCUGCCACUACCUCCUGCUGCUCCCCGUGUACUUGCGGUACCCAGCUGGGAGGCAAAUGUACAGCAGGCUCCUUUAUGCCAUUAAUUACAAUCGUGGUUUCACCAAGACGUGGAACGCUGAAGGCUGAGUGAGGGUCGCUGCACUUGGAGUCUUCCAUCAGUUUCCCUUCUAAACAUAAGUAAAACAGUACUUACAUUUAAUCAAGGUCUUUAAUCGUAGAUAAUGCGAUUCGCAUUCUUUUAAAGAGCACCCUUGUCACACACACAGUUCUGUUGCGUGUCUUGAUUAAAUAAACUCUUCUUCUUCCU